AUGGAUAAUGACGAUGAGGCUAAUUUGCCUAAUGCUGAAGAAUGCUUACGCCGGUGUGAGACCUUCGCAAGCAUUACAAACACAAAUAAUGCUUUAGCCAUGAUGUUCCUUCAAAAUAGGGAUUGGGAUUUACAGCUAGCGCUUUCGGCCUAUUUUGAAAAUGCGGAGCUUGCUGAACGUUACUUCUUGAUAUUAAUGUUUCAUUUGGCUUUCUUAUUUCCUUCCAGACAAGACCAAUAUUCAGAUUCACUGGAGACCGUUAUCGAUCUUACUUCUGAUAAUGAAGAUGUUAUGGUGGUUUCCUCUGGGGAUGAAGCAAAGGAGAAAAAGUUUGACACAACUGAUCGUCAGCACGCCCAUCUCUUUCGUCUGCUCUCAUGGAAUAUUGAUGGAUUGAGUAAAGAAUCCCUUUCAUUCCGCACACCUGAAGUUAUUAAUCUUAUACUAAGGGAGAAAUUUCACGUGGUCUGUCUGCAGGAAGUUGUCCCCGAAACGCUGAAAAGUAUUAAGGAGAAAUUAGACGACCUCUUUAAAAUUUUCUCUCCCACGAAUAAAGGAGAAUACUUUCCAAUUAUUUGUGUUCUCAAACACCCCGGUCUUUCUACUGUACCUGGCUCAUUUAAGGUGACUGAAUUUAAAUCAUUGAUGGGUCGACAACUUCUCAGUCUGGACGUUGAUAUUGAAAUUCCAAAACUUCUACCAGCCAAUCCAUGUGCGAGGCACUGGAAUGGCCACCCGGCAAUCCGAGUUCGAAUUUUUACCUCUCACCUAGAAAGUUGCCUAGAUUUCGCCAGUGUACGCAAAGAACAGCUCUCUAUAGUGUGGAACGCUAUGCAAAGUGCUCUUCAGACCGCCUCUUCUUCGAAUGCAGCUAGCUCUCCAAUUUGUGCUCUCUUCUGCGGAGAUUUGAACAUUAGGGAUAAAGAGAUUAAGGAUCUCGGAGGCCUUCCAGCUGGUAUGGUAGACGUUUGGGAAGUUUGUGGAGCCCGCCCAGAGGCAAGAUUCACUUGGGAUCGAAGUCGGAAUCCUAAUUUAUCGUUGGAUAAUUGCGAACAAAUUAAUACAAGCCGCUUUCGUGGGCAUCGUUUCGAUAGAAUGAUGCUGCUUCGUCGAGGAAGGAGUCUUCAACCAAUUGAUUUUGAACUUCGUGGUUUAGAACGUGUGCCUAACCGUUCACACUUCCCAUCAGAUCAUUGGGCAAUUCUUGGUCAUUUCGAUCUUGAGCCGCCUCCUUCCUCCUUGUCUUCUAAGGCUGCUAAUUGA